AUGGUGUCGCCUGAGCAGUGCGAGACGACUCCCCGGGGCAUGAAGAUGGUUCUCCAGCCGCGGCAGCCCCCGCCACCGCCCGCGUCGACGACGCGCAGGGUUUUGCUCUCUUUGCUCGCGCUGGCGACUGCCACUGGCGCCAUCUUCGGAGUGGUGGUUUUCGGGAACGAGUACACCAAGGACCUACACCCCGACGGCUCGUCCCACCUAAACUCCGUCACGCUCGUCGACAACAAAGACCGGGCUAUCGCGACGGCGGACGUAGAGUCCUUUGUGUCUCUCCUCGACCUGCCCCUCCUCGGCACGGCUGAACUCAACAAGAUUGACGGCCUCACGUUUGCCACCUCUUCUGGAAUCCAACACCGCAAGGUCACAGGUUACUCAAUCGCCAUGAAGACGGUUCGCGUCGAUGGUGUCACUCAGCAAGCACCUCACUUGUCUCUCAAGACGACCUCGGAUGAGAUCUCCAUAGAGAUCUCGGCCGCGGAGUCCCGCGCUUGGGUACAGGAGCGUGUCCAUCAGCUAGAGGUGGAAACUCCUAUUGAUACUAGCUCGGUCCGCCGUCUUUCCGGUGGUGGGAGCUGCCUCGAGAAUGGCGCCUGUCUCUAUUCGCGCGACGAGCUGCUCACGCUAGACUCAAAAGCCCGCCGCCUAUCGGAGGGUAGCUUUUUUGCCCGUGCGGAUUUGGCCACCUACCAGGCCGACCUUGGCGGCGGUGAUUUGUCGGAGGUCCUAUCAAAUAGCCCUGGAAUGGCCGCUCGUCUCGAAGGGACGUACACGGAAGAUGGCCAUGUGAUGGUCCUGCGGAUUUCGCAGCUAGAAGAGCGCACAGAUUUUUAUUUUUUUAAUGCGUCCGGAGGUUCGAAGCUAAUUACUAGGAACGGUUCCUUUACCUUCGACCUUGAUCGGAAGAUGACUGGCUGCACGACCCCCUCGAGGGAGACUCGAGAUUUUCUCAACUCGUUAGAUGUGACGGACGUUGCAACGAACGGCGAGAUCGACUUCGAGCACGUUUCUCUGGUACACGUCGAGCGCGCAGCAGACGAUUUCAUCCGAAAUGCAGACUUGAGUACUGACGACUGCAUCAAGUUCCUCACCAAUUACGGCAAUAUGUCAUCGCCGUCAUUCAUGAACGGUAUCAACUCGGGGAACCUGCAGCGGAGACUAGCCCAAGCCCUACACGCGGGCAGCGACCAUGCCUACGCGCGUGAGCUUCGCGGGCUCAUGUUGGCAUCCAACGAUCGAAACGAGAGACUGCAGCAAAUAUUUUCUAACGAAGCCGAUGCGCAAAAAUACCUUGACCAAAUGCGCACACGAAGGCGGUUUCGUGAGCUACGAAAGAAUAAGGAAACUCGCAACGAUCGAUCUCUGGCACCGAGUGACUUCACUUACUGGGUAGAUGUAUGUUCAAGCUGCUCUAUGACGACGACGACUCUCGGAUAUGAUACGUACCUGACUCACUUCGAUCUGUGGAUCGCCACUCGAAACGCGGACCCCACAUUCGUGUACGAUUACACGCACGUGAACGACAUGGACGGUAUCGUUGCAGAGAUUUCGGGGAGUUCGCCUAUCCCUUCGAGCUUCGUCCUUGAGCUCUCUGGCUCCUCCGGUGUCGGUCUCGAAUUUCAGGAAUGGAGCAACUUCCAGGGUUUCCCGUUCUCCUAUUUCCCUUCAGACCUGUAUUAUUGUAGUGGCUGGAGUUGCGGUACUGACGCUCAGGGGAACAAAUUGGAUUCUGAAAUGCUCAUGUCGAAGGCUUUCUGGCACAUCUUGUUCCCUGGUUCGUGCAACGGUGGUUACGGCUUCGGUUCCCACAACCGUGUACAAGCCAUGGUGGGGCGGUACGCGUGCUACAACAUGUGGGAAAGUGAAAAUUUCGAUCUCGACCUCGGAUGUGCAGCUAUGAGACGCUUGGACGAAUCGAAGCCGCUCCCGGGGGGGGAAUUCACGCAAAAGCUCGUGCAAGAGGCUCGAAGGAACCAUGGACCUCAGGCCCACCACUUGAAGGACGACAGUGAGAAUGCCUCCGGAGACGACAGCACCCGUCGUCGUCUGCAAAUGAGCAAGAGUUUUUGCCAACAGCUGGACACCAUGGUCACAACCGCCUGCGACUAUUUCAUGACAGAAGUACAAGACCUCGAUGGGUGGUAUAAAUGUCAAGCGGCACAAGCGCACCCCAAGGGAUCUGACGAGUACAACAGGGAGUGGGGCAAAUGUUUAGAUCAUUAUGUUGGGACCGUAACUGACAAGUUCGAAAUCGGGAAUGCGUGGGCAAGUUACUUAAUGCGCACAACUGACGGAGCCGACGGGUACAAGACUGAGUACGUUGUCUCAUUCCAAGGGACUAAGGCGACGGACCUCACCAUGAUUCAGUACAACAACGAUCAGGUCCCAGUCAUGGUCGUGCUGGGAGUAACGCCCUUCAUCAUCCCUCGUGGAUACUACAGGUACAUGAACGAAAACGAGGAUUGUCUAAUGCAGAUGAUUGCGAUGGGAUUCGACGACUACAUGGGCACCGGUGGUUACGGGGUAGAGCCGUCAUUCAUCACCGGGCACUCCCUCGGGGGUGCCGCCGCUACGUUGUUCUCUAAAAAAAUUCCGCACUGGUACGAUAUCAGCUUGCGCUCUGGUGAAGGCUUUCCCACGUUCUCGUACCCGCGACUGGUUACUUUUGGUGCGGCGCCAGUCUCAUAUCAGGGUACUGCUCCAUAUUCUGAUGCGUUCCGAACGGACAACCACAACAUUGAGUGCUAUGAUACUGGAUUCGAAUUCGGGGAUACCGCGCUGUGCACCUGGGGUAGAGUGUAUGACGACCAUAUUUCGUCGUGGAAACAAGCGGAUGUGAUAACCCAGGAGGGUUGGAUUGAGUACGAAAAAAUAUCAGCUACGCCAUGCAAGUACACCAACCCCAAUUCCGUGGCAUUCCGUCACAAAUUUGACCCUAUCCCGUCUAUUGGUAUGUGGGGAGGUCACUAUGUGCACCAGAUAGCCCACGGAGUAAUCCUUUCUGAGUGGAAAGAGCCAGGACAAUGCUCUUUGGGACAAAGCGGCUGUGGGGCUAACACAGUGAUUGCCGACACGAGCAACUAUCUUUAUUACGAUGACGGCUCUUUUGUCGAUGUCAAGGGUAUCCGAGAAUUCCUGUGCCACGCACACAGCAUGAAGCCCAUGGCCGUCGGCUACGAAUGCGUCGAUAAAAUCACGUCGUACAUGACUAUGAUGAACCCCUUUCCCUGUGGUCAGAUAUUGAUCGAUGGGGCAAACGACUUGCAGGGCACACUGGAAUCGCAGAUGGACUCCAUGGCGAAUUAUGCGCUCGGUCUAGCUGGCGUUCGUGAUGUUAACACGAAUGAUGUUGGCGGUACAAUAGAGACGAUAGCGGCGGGUUCGGCGAAUUGGCUAGAGGAAGCUAGUACAUUAUUUUACCAGUUCGAACAUUUUGAAAAUUGUCAGGCGGACUGGGUAAACGUCAUGGAUGCAUACUACAUUUCGGCCGUCGUGGACAUGCCUACGACCGCGGGCGUUGCUUUCGCCUUCACUUAUGUCCACAGCACGUAUGGAAACUAUCCGCUGUGUGUCGGUCGUGACAACCAAGGCAAAUUUGCUGCUAUAAACACCGCUACAGAAGCAGGCAUGUUCCCGUUGAUGUCAGAUGCGGUCUCAAUGAACGACAUACUGAGUUGCGAGAAUGCAGCGACUUUCGAGGCAUACAACGCAUGUCUGUGCGCGGUUUCUCCAGCCACGUGUCAGGUCCCUCCGAAACCAGCGAAUUGA